AUGACUUUGUGCUCGGUAUUUGGUUGUGCGUCGAAUAACGAUCGUAAACGUAAAACAGUUGAUAAUGAUAAUAACUUGCAUUUUUACACUUUUCCAAAACGCGAUAAAUCACCAUUACGACAUCGAAAAUGGGAGCAUUUUUGUAAAAGAAAAAAUUUUAAGCCUAGUGCUGGGUCGGUUAUUUGUUCUAAACAUUUUAUUCCGCUUGAUUUUAAUCAAUCAGAUGUUUUAAAAAAACAACUUAUGCCAGAAUCCAAGUGCAUUGUAAGAUUAAAUCCCGACGCUGUACCUAGUAUUCAAACUGGUAUAAGCAAUUCAAAAAAAUCUGUAAAUCCCAGGCAAGAAUCACUGCAUAUUAUGAAAAAACGCCAAAUAGAAAUAAUUGAUGAUUUAAUAAAAACUAGUACACCGAAGAAAAAAAUGGUAACAAAGUCGUCGUUUUUUGAAGAAAUUGACGAUGUUUCAACUAUUGAGGAGCCAGAUGUCAAUAAUAAAAUUCAAAAAACAAGUGAAAUAGGAAUACAGUGUGAAUUGGGAAACGAAAAUUUGAUCAGAAUAAUUAAUUAUGAAAAAAAAAAUGACUUAUCGUUUGAAAUAGAAUCGGAAUCCGAGGACAGCGAAAACACCAGUGAUGAUGAGACUUCAGAAUCGCAAAACAAUUAUAAUACUUGUAAGUCAAAAAAUGUUAAAUCAUCAAUAAAUUUUAAUAAGGAUGAGUGUUUUAUCGUUUUUUGGGAAUGCCUAUCAAAGCUUUUUAAUAAUUGUAAUGUGUGUGGGUCAAAAAUAUUAUCAUUAAACAAUUUUAUUCAAGGUUCUUGUCUAUGUGUAACUACUGUAUGUGAAAAAAAUCAUACGUUUCAGUGGUACUCACAAAAAAAAAUUAAAAAAAAGAGCAAUUGGUAA